CAAGGUGAAAUGGAGCGAUGAAAGGCAUUGUUUUUAUUUAAUAGUUUGUAGAACUUAUCUUGUUUUUCUCGCAAAUGGAUACCGAAAUGGAUUGCGACGACUAUGCAGAUAAUGAGUCAGCUGAAUUUGAGGAAUCGGGCGCAAAAAGAAUUCGUUUAUUACGACCACAAAGUGUUCAACCUAAAAAGUUAUGUGCCAAAGAAGAAAGAGCUGCAAAUCUGAGAAAGGUUUCAACAAUUCUUCAAAAGUCAGAAGAUAGUCGUACUAAUGAAGAUUUGAAGACCCUGGAAGAAUGUUCAAACAUUAUACAGGAAGUACAAGAAAGAAUGAAAAAAAGGGAAGCUUUGAAGAAACGUCUUGAAGAGUUUGAGGAUCCAGAGGAUGUUUUAUUGCAGAAGUGUCAAAUUUUGGCACAAGCCAUAGCCCAGUCUCAACAUUUGGUUGUUUAUACUGGGGCAGGCAUCAGCACAGCGGCAAAAAUACCAGAUUAUAGAGGUCCUAACGGAAUUUGGACAAGAUUAAAGGAAGGCAAAGAAAUUGGAGAUCACGACCUAUCAUUAGCUGAACCAACAUUUACACAUAUGGCUUUGUUUGAACUAUACCGUCAAAAAAUUUUAAAAUAUGUUGUAUCUCAAAACUGUGAUGGAUUACAUCUUCGCUCAGGUCUACCAAGAACUGCAUUGUCAGAACUGCAUGGCAACAUGUACAUUGAAGUUUGUAAGAAUUGUAAACCUCACAGGGAAUAUUGGAGAGCUUUUGAUGUGACUGAAAAUACUGCCAGAUAUUCACAUAAGACUUACAGAAGAUGUUAUGUAUGUAAUGGGGCUUUAAUGGAUACAAUUGUUCACUUUGGUGAGAGAGGCAGCUUGCAAUGGCCACUGAAUUGGAAAGGGGCCUGUAAAAAUGCUAAAGAAGCUACUACAAUUAUUUGUUUAGGGUCUAGUCUUAAGGUGUUGAAAAAAUAUCCAUGGCUGUGGCAAAUGGAUAAACCAGCCAAGAAAAGACCCAACCUCUAUAUAGUCAAUCUCCAAUGGACUCCAAAAGAUGAAUGUGCCAAUAUAAAAGUUAAUGGCAGGUGUGAUGUGGUUUUUAAAAGGAUUAUGAAUAUGUUGGGAAUAGUAGUACCGAAAUAUGACAAAGCAGUAGAUCCAAUAUUCCAUCAUGUCACCGAACUGAACGAAUUAGAAAUGCAUACCACAACACAACCAAUGUUAAAGCUUGAUCCAGACAUUAAAGGAGAAUUGGACUGUUGUAUGGAAGUCAAAGUGCAAAAAGACUGUUUUAGUAAUAGAUCUGAUCUCAAUUUUCACUGUGAUACUAGUAGUGAUAGCUUCAAAACAAUUCUGAGUGAAGUAAAUCCUUCCUUAACUUUUUUUAGUAUGUUCAGCCAUUAUACUGACCUAUUUCUGUACCCCUAUCAAACCAGCUUUCUGUACCCCGGACUUCACAGCAUUAUAAAUCCACUUCCGGUCAUCAAAGAGGAAGCGUUUCCUUUGAACCUGUCUCAAGAAGUGUUCGCCAAACCUUUGUGCGAAUUUUGCCACAAGAAGUAUAAGUCAGUGCUAUGUUUGUUUUAUAAGCAAAGUAAUUCAGUCUUUUGCAAUGAAAAAAUGAGGUAUAGUAAAGUGGAGAAAAAAGAUAAACCGAAUGUAUGUCUGUGUUGUGAUUAUUCUACGGAAGAAGAGGACGUGGAGUUUACUACAAACAGUAGCAGUGACAAGGAGGCAAGCAGCAGUUCGUUUGACAAAGAACAAAAAGGGAAAACGCAACCCGGAUGGUUUGGGAAGGGAUAUAAGAAGAUAAGAAGAUUCAAAAGAAAGAUAGUUGAGUAUAAGUGAGGGAUAAUGGGUAAAACCAGUCCAAAACAAUUUAAGAUUGUUUACAAUUUAUUGAAGCUCUGUAAAAGUACUGAUACAGGGUGUGCUAAAAAGUUUACAACAAAUAGGAAACUGACAUUUUUUUGAUAUUUUGUCACUUUUUUUUGUUUACAGGGUGUCUCAAUAUUCCGUGUACAUAGAAC